AUGAAAUUUCCUCAACCGAUUGAAGGGUCUGGAGAGCCGGGAGUUUCGAGAAUUCAUUUUCGAAAUGAGGAAGCUCAAACUCCUGAUGCUGCGGAAGAAGCGCCACGAGUAAGUGCCGCACAUCAAGUCCCUCAUGCACCAACUUCGACCGCUCAGCAGAUCGUUGAUCAAACCUCUCCGGGGGUUGAUCCGCAAAAAGAACAAAUUGAAACUCAAUUGGAAUUAAUUACAGAUGAAAACAAAAAAUACUUGAAGAAGAUUGUGGAAUUGUUGAUAGAAAAAAUCUUAAACGAUGGUUCAGGUAAUACACCAAAGAGUAUCGAUUUGGGACCUGUGUACCAUGCUUUGGCUGGAUGGAACGGUGUAUUGCUUCUUCGAUCAGUACAAAGUCAAAAUUUCAAGGAGGAGGUGGAGAAUCUCUCCGAUUGCUUGCAGAAAACUGAUCUGAGGGUUAUCUUCAAAAAGAAUUCAUCCAAAAAUAAUCAAGAGUUGGCUGUAAACUUGGUCAGAGAACUCAUUGCAAGACCAGGCCAGGUUCCUACAGAUGCCGAGGCUUUGACUCUUGUUGAUGGAUUGAAGGCCUCGGAAGGACCCAAAUUCCUCAGACAAUGCUCAAAGCUUUCUGUAGCUGUUGUAAAGAGUAUUUGGGUCGACAUGCUCAUGCGGGCGUGUGAAUUUUUGUGCGCUUCGCGGUUCGAGAUAGAGGAACUUUCGCUCAGACCCUGGGAUUACACUGAUUCCUUGGUUCAACAGCUCAUAAAAGCUUUUGCAUCGCAGCCUGGGUUCAAAGCAUUCAACUUCAUACUCUUUUCCGACCAGUAUGCUGGUCUCAUAGGUCCAUUCCUUAAAGGAUACCUCAAGUCGGAGUUGCUCUCAAAAGAAGCCCUAUCUGAGGCAAUUUACUCGGGUUCGGGAUCUGGAGAUACUGUUUUUGAUGCCCUAUGGACCAGCCCAGGUUUAUGUUUUGUUCUUGCCUGUACCAACCAUCACGACCUACCAAUGCCUUGGUUGACACGUUUCAGGGAAGCCUGCGUUCGAGAAAUGGAGAUCAAUGAUUCGAAUACUACAAGCGGUGAUUGUCCCGAACCUCAGUAUUUGACAUCCGAUCCUCAUAUGGUCCUGAGAACAUCGCCUCUUUGUCCACAUUGGCAGAAGUAUAUUUGUUGGAUAACGUCUUAUCAAAUUGAUAUCGUCACAUCCAGAGCUAUCAAUACCAUAUCCCGCAGAUUGCUCUUUUUGUCAUUAAUACAAGAGUCUCGAGCCCGUGAAGUCUCAGCUGCACAUUUGAUUGAAGUUAUGUCAGUCAUCAAAUCUCAAUCGAAAUAUCUCAAAGCAGAACAUACCAAAAUUCAAGAUUUCAUCGAGAAAAACUGCGAAGCUCUCGUUUCUACGAAGAAUGGCGAUAUAAUUACCUUUGAGCCUGGAGAUUACUUCGAUCUUGCCACAAAGUGGGAACAGGGUUACAGGAAAUUAGUCGAACAAAAUAUCGCUUGUCUUGUAAAAAAAUUCGUGCUUGGUGAUUUGAGAAAUAUGACUCCACAGGCGCUUCGAGAACUUACCGAAUUUAAUACUGAGACACAAACGCGUUUUUCAUUGUUUUUGAAGAAUACAAGGUACAUUGUACAUGUUCUCGAAGGUGGACGUCUUUAUUUUGAAUGGCGAAGAAAUGCAGGACCAAAAACCAUUCUUGAAGGCCCAAUUUUCUUGAUGGAUGAUGCCAGUUCUACUAAGAAUGUCAAGUCUACUGUUGCUUCUAUUCAAAAUGGCCUACUGAUAAUUGAGGACAAUGACCGUCAUUCCACGUGGGAACUGAAGUUUAGUAGAUAUCUGAACGAAAGGCUCAUAAAUGAAUUUCUCAUGACAUGGUCCGAAGAACUACUCGGAGAACCCUCUCCUCUUUUAGCUUGGGUCGGUGAUGCAGAAAUUGCUCAGCUGGGAAGAUUGUUGUUUCUGCCUGGCCAUGUGAAUAUUCCAUUUUUUACGCCAAUUGACUGA